GAAGCACUCAAUUGAAAAGAAGAACCAAAUCAAAAUUGAAGAAUGAGAAGAGGAAGAACAGAAGAUGAAAGUAGAAGAAUCUCAGUCAAAGUAGUCAAACUUUUGCAGCCCAAGAAACAUAAUCUAACAUAUCAUAGAAUAAAGAGCUACCCAAGAUUAUUCAUCUACUUUCAUCUAUGUUUGUAGCAUAAAAAUAUAUUUUUAAAGAGAAAAAGUUAGAAAAAUUCAAGGGAGUUCUUGAAGAUUUCUUGCUUCAAUUUUCUCUGUAAUCUCUCUCUCUCUCUCUUUCUCUUUAACUCUUUCUCUUUCUCUUCAUUUGCUGCCCAUUAAACAAUGAUAAUUGCAGAUUCCCAAUCAUCUCCUCCACACUAUAGGAAACACACAUAAUUGCACCCAACAAUUCUUUUUCACUAUAGAAACCUGUGCUUUCAAGCUAUUCACUUAAUUUUUUUUUUCAUUUUUUAUUUUCUUGCUUCCCUUUUUCUUCAACCCUCCAAUAUAAAUACACAGCAAUCUCCAUCAUCUUAUUUUCACCAACAUAUACUCAUCUUUUCCUUUUUCUUUUUAUUAUUUUUUCUCCACUUCUAUAAUGGAUCCUUCAUGCACCACCACUUCUGUCAAUGGUUUCUACAACUUUCUCACUCGAGGACUCGAUGAUCUUGAUCGUUGUUUCCUCUCUAACAACUUCUUAUCAGUUCAAUUCCUGCAAAAAGUCCUCUCUUCACUCCAAUCAUUUCAUUCCCAGUUAACCCUUUUAGUUCAAAGGCUUCAUCUUCCCAUAGGAGAAAAAUGGCUAGAUGAGUACAUGGAUGAAAGCUCAAGAUUAUGGGAAGCUUGUCUGAUUCUUAAAUCUGGAGUUUCAGCAAUGGAAAAUUAUUACACUUCUGGUUCUAACAUAGCUUCUUCUCUCGAUGGCUUCCACUAUUUGAAUCCACAAGACUCUCGCCAGGUUCAUAGAGCAAUAAUGGGUAGCCAAAGAGAAAUUCUAGUGUUGGAAGAAGACAACAAGAGCUUGAUGGAAACUAGAGUUCGAGCAUUAUCACUACAGUUUGAUGAAAAUGUGUCAAUAGAAUCAAAGUUGAAUGCAUACAAUGGAUUUCGAGGAGUUCUUUAUGCAUUAAGAAACGUUACUUCAUUGCUUCUAAUGAUAUUAUUUGAAGGGCUUGUUUAUUAUUGUCCAGAAACAAGUUUUUGCCAAAGAGGGUAUGAAGGGCAAGUGAUAUUUGGUUCAUCAUUUAUGGUUUCAAUGGCAAGAUUACAACAAAAAGUAGCAAAUGAGAUGGAUCAAAUUGGUGGGCAACCAGGAAUCAUGCUUUAUGAGUUUAGACAAGCAAAAUUUGCCAUGGAAGAGCUAAAAGUUGAUUUAGAAAGUGUUAUGGAGUAUGAAUCAGAAGUCGAAAUUCGAGACAAAGUUGACAACUUGAAGAGUUGUUUUGGAUUGUUGAGAUGUGGAGUUGAGAGUGUAAUUGGUCAGCUUGAUGAUUUCUUUGAUGAAAUAGUUGAAGGAAGAAAGAAACUUUUGGAUAUGUGCUCUCACAGGUAGAGCAACCAUAGCUAGGCAGCUAUAGAGAGCUAGUGAAAGAAAAAAAAUAUGAUUUUUUUUUUUUUUGAAACUUACAAAUUAUCAGAGAAUCAAAGUUUAAUUCCAUCUAAUAAACUACUAAUCUAUUUUAACUAAAGAAGAUCUUAAUAAUUUUUUUUAUUAUUUUAACCUAUUUUACCAAGUUUCUUGAAGGCAUUUGUUUUGCAGCUCUGAUAUAGAUUUUAGCAGGAAUAUUGGCUUUUCUGAGGAAACCCAGAAGGGAUCAAUUUUUGAAGAGCAAAGAGAAUGUGAUUCUUUCUUCCUUUGAAGAAAAGCAAAAUUAGAAAUGCAAAGAUAAGAAACAAAGAAGCAUAUGUAUAUGUAUUAUUUAGAUAGCAAGUAGCUUCAAUGCAAAGCAAGAUCUUCUCAUCUGCAGAACAGAUUCUUCUUCUGUUGAAAAGAAAGAGAUUGUCUAUCUAGAUGAGGAAAAAUGAAAA